AUGAGCGAAAAGCGUCGCCGAACCGGACUAAACCGAUUCCCCUUCCCAUCUCUCUCCCUUCCCCCCAUUGUUUUCCCGUCUUCCUCCCGGCUUCCUUCCCCGCCCGCCUCCCCCAGUUCCCCCGGGUACUACCUGCGGCGCGCGCGGCCGUCGCUGAGCCGCUUCUGGCACAUCCACCUGCCGGGCGGCGGGUGGUGCACCACCGAGGAGACGUGCGCGUGGCGCGCCGGGAGAAAGCUGGGGUCGUCGCGCCUGUGGCCCCGGGCAAUGAUCCCGGCAUGGCUGCCAGGCAUCAUGAGUGCAGACCCGGACGUAAACCCGGGUUUUGGCGAGUGGAACCUGGCAGUCGCAGUGUACUGCGAUGGGGGCGGGUACGUGGGGCGACGGGGCGAGGUGGCUGUGGGCAACACAACACUCCACAUGGACGGGUGGAAAAUCAUCAUGGCCAUUGUCCAUGACCUGUCAACCAAGGGGCUCAUGGCAGCUCAACAGGUGCUAAUAACGGGGGAGUCACCUGGGGGGCAAGCAGUCGUGAACCUGUGUGACUAUAUCGCAGCCUACCUCUCCUUCGCCACUGUCAAGUGCCUAUCAGAUGCAGGCUUCUUCAUUGACGCGCCUGACAGGAGGGGGCGUUCCUUUUUCAGAGAGAUCGCAGAGAAUGCGACACAGCUGCACCAGAUGUUCAACCCCAAGUGCAACCAGGCACUUCCAAGCCACGCCCAGUGGCGCUGCUUCUUCCCACAGUACUCGCUCGCUUAUGUCACCUCCGAUAUAUUCAUCCUCAACACGCUCUUCGACCCCAUAACGCUCAUGAUUGGCGGCCAGCUGCCCUGGGGCCAUGAGCACGCCAAGGAAUGUCUCUUUGGUCUUCGAUGGGGUGCCGGGGGGGGGAGCGGGAGGGGGCUUGAGUGGCGGAGCGGGGUUCUGGACAGGAGGCGCUGGAAUGGGGGGAGGAGGGGAGGGGGGCAGGCUGGCGGGAGGGAGGGGAGGUUUGAGAGGAGGGGUUGA